UGUCCACUAAAAAUAAGAAAAACAAAAAUGAGGUUCAAAUCAGUUCUCUUGUGUUGCCUUUUGGGAUUGGCUCUCAUCUCAGCUGUGAUUGCUGAUAAGUCAUUUAGAGAUGAUGUGCAAGGAUAUCAUGGUGACGGCUACGGUGGAGGUUAUGGUGGCGGCUACGGCAGAAGUGGAGGAGGUGGUUAUGGUGGUGGCGGAGGUGACAGCAGUGGUGGAGGUUAUUAUUGGGGGGGUGGUUACAGUAGUGGAAGUGGAGGAAGUGGAGGAGGUGAUGUAGGAAGUUCUGGUGGUGGUGCCGGUGGUGGUGGCAGCAAAUAUUAAAUUGUCACUAAAAUUAUGUAAUUAAUAAUCUAUAAUCCAAUUUAACUGAAGGAGGAUCAUCCUAUAAACAAAAUUUUCUAUUUAUUGAAUGUUUUUUUUGUGCCAAAAGCUUGCCUCUUAAACAUAAUAAUUCAUAUUUUUGUUGCCAUUCA